AUGGCAGAUAGUGACCAAUUUUGUGUGGAUAAUGAUUGCUUCAAUGAAGCACUUUAUCUAGAUCAUUUUUUAAAAACCACUGGCAUUGAAGAUAUUCUUGAAAAGAAACGCCAAGUUGAGUAUCAACUUAAUUGCGCACGUAGGGAGAGGGAUAAGAUUCUGACUGAACUAGAAUUUCAAAUUGUCAAUGGAAUUAAAAAUAUAAAUAAACUUGCAAAUGAUUCUAUAAUGCUAAAGUCUCAGAGUAAACUGCUGGAAGGUGAUUACCAGCGAUUACUACAAUUAGAUAAACCAUACCUGAUGGCCUUCAACAAUUAUAUUAAUGAAUACAAACUAAUAGAAACAAAAACAAGAAUUUCUUGCAUGUACAAAAUACCCAUGAUGAUCAAAUGUGCAUUGGAAAGCAAUGAUGUUACACGGGCACUAUUACUGCUUUCCAACGCCUAUUCUAUUUCUGAUACUGCCAAUUAUCCCAGCGAACUGAAAGACAUUUGUUCACAACUAAUCCCUACUGUAACUGAAGUUGAAAAAAUGAUAGCAUUGCACAUUAUUGGCGGAUCAUAUCUGCCAACAGAAUCGCUAUACCAAUAUCUCACGUCAAUCAAUGUGGACCUGCAUAAAUCACAAACGCUGCAUAUUUUAAACUAUCUAAAUAUGCUAGAUUAUCAUUUGAAAAUUAUUGCUAAUUGUGAUGUUAAAUUGCUAUUUUACACUUCAAAACUGUAUUUGAAUAGGUUGGAUUCACUUAAGAAAUUUAUAAGCAACUAUAAACGCUCAAAUAGUGAUAUAUGUAUGUCUUGCGCGGUAAAACUUCAAAAUUACGCUGGCAAUUUUGAAGAACUGGCUAGUAAACUAUGUAAAGAUGGAGAAGUUAUAUCUGAUCUCUGUCUAAAAUGUCAUCUGUCUCCCAUGUUUGCCAAACUACUAUCCGCCUAUAAAUCAGAAGAUAUAAUUACAGUAAUUUCCAAAGCAAAGUCACUUGAUCCCCAUGAAUUCAAUUAUUGCAUAAUGAUAGAAUCACUAAAAUCAUUAAGUAUUGAUUUCGAAUCCGAAUUGGAAUUGAUUGGAGACUGUAUAACGUCAAAUUUGGAUAUGUUCAUUAAUAACCUAGACUCGCAUUCCUUCAAUCCUAUAUUCAACUCGAUCAAAAAAUCCAUCAAUAAUGCCAAUAACUUAUACAAUUGGGUUCGGGAAUUUACGAGCGUAGAUCCAAAACUCACAUUUCUCAACGUUUGCUCUAACUUUGUUAACAAUGUUAUAAAAAUCUUUUGUCACAUAAUAAUGCAAGAAUGUUCACUAGAUAAUGAUAAAAGGUCUAAUGACGAAUACUAUGCCAAAUCUAUUGCUAGCAUUAACUAUCAUGACUCAUUGUUAAAAAACUACGUAAUGUUUAACCCAUAUAUCAAUCCAAAACAUAAUGUAAUUCACUCCAAAAUACUAAAAUCCGCUGAAAAUGUGAAUAAUUAUUACAUAAUUAACACCAAUCGUAACUUUUUACACAUGUCGUUGAAGUUAAUUAUAUCAAUCAAGACCCUUCUGUUGCCACAAAUAAUUGAUUACAUGAAUACAACUUUCAACCACUUUGACUCUAAAUUAGAGGAUAUCAACCUAUAUCACCUUUUUAACGUUAAAAAUGAUUGCAAGCAGUGUAAAAAUUUACAUUUUAUGGAAGUUGUACCAUUCGAUAACCCCAAAAAUAGCAUCUACGCAAUGUUGAAGUUUUUGGUAUCUGAAUUACUUCUAAAUUCAUCCAUCGAAACCGCUAUUGAUUUGUCAAAGAAAAUAACAUCAAUCUAUCUAAUUCGAAGUAAGGAACCUAAGGGACUAAAUUCUGAACAAAUUGGGACGGAAAUUUGUGAUGUUAAGGAGUUGCUGAAAAGAAGACUCGCCAACACUGUUAAUCUGUUAGAACCAAUCCCUAUUAAUAAUAACUCUACAUUCUCCCUUGACAAACACAUUCUAUCCCAUAAAAUGUAUAUUAACAUUGACCCAAUGAUAGAUGAUCGCCACAGAUUAAUCGAAUAUCACGUUUACCUGGUAGUAGUGCAGAUCAUCGAGUGUUUGAGGUCAGAAUACAUCAACUCAUCUGCCCUGCUUGACAAAAUAUCGAGAGAACUGGCCAAGGUUACGAUUGAUUUUUUGGCUACAAAAAAUAUAACGCUUUCUCACUCCAUUUGUGACUUGUGGCAUUCUAUCACAAAAUGUAUCCAUCGCACCAGAUAG